GGUGAGAGCUGGUUGUGUGGAAUCUUCUCCAGGAACACCAGGACCAGGACGUCCUUCUUCUCAUCAAAGAGCCGGAAGCUGGCCACCUGGAUCUCUCUGGAGCACCACUCACUCUCCAGAAGUGAAGAAGAAAACGACGGAGCUUCUGAGACAACUAACAGAAGACCUACUGCACUGCUUUGAUCAGUGGAAGACCAGAAUGCAGCGGUGUGUAAUUGCAGAAGGGGAAUAUAUUGAAGGGGAAAGGAAUUGAAAUGAACCACGCCUCGCACGCAGACUGACGGCCAUAUUGACUGCGUUUACCUCUCCUACUGGUGGAACUCCCCGGUCUUUUUUUUUUUUUUGUAUACAUCACCAUCAGUACACUUUGCCAGAGGACCAGCAGGGAUCGUAGCUGCGAAGACUGUUCUGUUUUGGGAAUAAAUAAGGACAUCAUGCUUUCAGGCAGGCUGUAAUCCGUUUUCAGGGAGCAGUUCUUCAUUUGUGAGCCAGUGAACGUGCCAUCUCAAGACGGACGACGAAUUGUUUUUUUUUUCGCAGCGAAAGCAGAAGGGGGGAGAGGCAGCGAAGAUGCCAAAACCGAUCAACGUCCGGGUCACCACCAUGGACGCGGAGCUGGAGUUUGCCAUACAGCCCAACACCACCGGCAAACAGCUCUUUGACCAGGUUGUGAAGACGGUGGGUCUGCGUGAGGUCUGGUUCUUUGGUUUGCAGUAUGUGGACAGCAAGGGUUACAGCACGUGGCUGAAGCUCAACAAGAAGGUGACCCAGCAGGAUGUGAAGAAGGAGAACCCGCUCCAGUUUAAGUUCCGGGCCAAGUUCUACCCAGAGGACGUUUCGGAGGAGCUGAUCCAGGAGAUCACCCAGCGCCUCUUCUUCCUGCAGGUGAAGGAGUCCAUUCUGAACGACGAGAACUACUGCCCCCCUGAGACGGCCGUGCUGCUGGCCUCCUACUCUGUCCAGGCCAAGUACGCCGAUUACAGCCGGGAGAUCCACCGGGCCGGCUACCUGGCCAAUGACCGGCUGCUGCCCCAGAGGGUUCUGGAGCAGCACAAACUCACCAAGGAGCAGUGGGAGGAGAGGAUCCAAGCCUGGCAUGAGGAGCAUAGGGGCAUGCUGAGAGAGGACUCGAUGAUGGAGUACCUGAAGAUAGCACAGGACCUGGAGAUGUACGGCGUCAACUACUUUGAGAUCAAGAACAAGAAGGGAACAGAGCUCUGGCUUGGAGUGGAUGCACUGGGGCUCAACAUCUACGAGCACGACGACAAAUUGACGCCAAAGAUUGGGUUUCCCUGGAGUGAGAUCCGAAACAUUUCUUUUAACGACAAGAAGUUUGUCAUCAAGCCCAUUGACAAGAAAGCUCCAGACUUUGUGUUCUACGCGCCGCGCUUGCGGAUUAACAAGCGCAUCCUGGCCCUGUGCAUGGGGAACCACGAGCUGUACAUGAGGAGGAGGAAGCCCGACACCAUCGAGGUGCAGCAGAUGAAGGCUCAGGCCCGGGAGGAGAAGCACCAGAAGCAGCUGGAGAGGGCGCAGCUGGAGAACGAGAAGAAGAGACGAGAGUACGCAGAGAAAGAGAAGGAGAGGAUAGAACGAGAGAAGGACGAGUUGAUCGAGCGAUUGAGACAGAUAGAGGAACAGACACUAAGGGCACAGAGAGAGCUGGAGGAGCAGACACGCAAGGCCCUGGAGUUGGAGCGGGAGAGGAGGAGGUCCGAGGAGGAGGUGGAGAGGCUGGAGAGGGAGCGUCGGGCCGCAGAGGAGGCCAAGGCUGAGCUGGCUAAGCAGGCCGCUGACCAGAUGAAGAACCAGGAGCAACUGGCAGCCGAGCUGGGAGAAUUCACCGCCAAAAUCGCGCUCCUGGAGGAGGCCAAAAGGAAGAAGGAGCAGGAAGCCUCAGAAUGGCAGCACAAAGCUCUGACGGCGCAGGGGGACCUGGAGAGGACCAAGGAGGAGUUGCGGACGGUGGUGAGCGCCCCCCCGGGCCCCCUCGCGGGCGGCGGCGGCGGCGGCGGUGGCGUCGGGCCGGCUGAGAACGAGCACGACGAGCAGGACGAGAACAGCGCCGAGGCCAGCGCCGACCUGUCCAGCGACGGAGCGGCGGACCUCCGGCGCGAGGAGGAGCGUCUGACCGAGACGCAGAAGAACGAGCGCGUGCAACAGCAGCUGCAGGCGCUGAGCUCAGAGCUCGCCAAGGCGCGGGACGACACCAAGAAGACGCAGAACGACGUGCUCCACGCGGAGAACGUGAAGGCGGGGCGGGACAAGUACAAGACCCUCCGUCAGAUCCGCCAGGGCAACACCAAACAGCGAAUCGAUGAGUUUGAGUCCAUGUGAGGGGCGUGCUGUCCCGUGUACAGACCCCGCCCCCCGCCUCCCCAGAGCCCUGGAGAGGCUGUAGGGACAGGGGUCAUUCCCCACAACCCCCUCUGCCCCCAUGUCUUGCCAAAGUUCUUUCCUCUACUGGUCAGCCAGUCAGGCCAUUUGUAGAGCCCCACCUAACUCUACUUGGAAUUGUCCAAUCAAGAGCAAGCAAGCAUAUCCGGUUUGUAUGGACAUUUUUUAUUGUAUAGCAAAGGAUAAUUUAGCUCAUCUGCUGCGAUACUGAAAAUGAACAAUGGCCAUUUAUUACUUUUUAACAUUGCUAGCAAACUUGUAUGUCUUCAUUUGAAAAAAAUGUGCAUCUUUUUUAAUAGAUUCUGUUUUCUAAUCUUGUCUUAUUUAAUAUAUUUUAGUUUGGUUUCCCAUAUCCCGCUUUCUGCCUGGUUUAGUUUCCUUUCAGUGAUUCUGUAACUGUUGUCACUUCAACACCAGUGUCAGCUCAGUUGUUUCUGUAGGGUUUCGAGUUUGAACAUGUCUUCAGUUACUGCGUGAGGGCCAGGAGAAAAACAUGAAUAUGUUGGGUACAGGAAAAUGGAAAAUAUGGUCCUUUAUGAAUGAAAAAUAGAGUGUGACAUUAGCUGCUCUUCACACACCUCCAUCACAGUUUAUCAUCAAAUACCAUUCAAAUAUAAUUCAAAUACCAAAUACCAAAAUAUGAAAUACCUGAAUGUCCAAGUACCAAAUAACGAAAUUUGAAAUACCCAAUUAUCAAAUACCCAAAUAUUAAAUGCUGAAAUAAUAAAUGCCCAAAUACCAAGUACCCAAAUACCAAAUACCCCGAUACCAAAUACCUAGCCGUCACAGCCGUGCCGUGGCAGGAUGUGAGCAUAUGACUGAAAGCCAGAUCAUGGUCAGCGUAGUUUUUGUUGGGAAAAUGGCAAGCAUUGUUGGGCUGAAUGGCCUGUUCUUGUUAUUAUGUUAUUUUAUGUUUUAUGUUAUGUUAGUUUCCACUCAGAUUUGACUUCCCUCUGCCCGUCCUACAGUAUGAUUGUGUGCCCCAAGUUUCAUGGUCAUCGUAGAUGGCUUUCUUUGCCUGUUUGCUCACGAAGGGUCUGUGUAUGGAGUUUGUGCCAGGGGAUGACCAGCUCUGUCAGUCUCCCUCCCUAUUGGUCUGUCUAAAGGGUGGCACCCCUAUCUGAUUGGACAGGGGUCUGACUCAGCGGACAGGGACAGACUGUACACAUGUAGUGUGCAUGUUCAUAUGUGUCUGCCUGUAUGUCUGUGCAUGAGCAUGCUUGUAUGUGUGUGUACAUGCCUGUGUAUGUGGGGGAUGCAUAGGGUAUUUUUAUUUUUGGCUGGAGAGCGUAUGAAAACAUCAGUCCUUAGAGGAAGACAGCUCACUACCUCACUAUUGUUAACAGAUGACUGGCCAAUCAAACACUAUAUAAAUUCCCUGUUCUCCUAUCUCCCUCUGUUUGUAGAUUAGGAAGAUUGUGUAAAUACCUAUUUGUAUCUAUUUUACCAAUAUUAACUUAUCUCUUCAGCAAGCUUGGUUGUGUCAUCAGUAUUUGGUUGUUAUCCUAAUUCUACCAGGCUGUAGCGGCUGUUGUUGAACUCAGAUACAUGUCUGAGGUGCACUCUUGCACUUUCUGUGGGCGUUUGCAGGUUUGGAGGCGGUUCAGCUUUUCUGGGGCUAAGUCCAAGAGACAAACAGCGAGCUCUCAGUAUUGCGUUAGAAUACGGGUGGAAGACUUGCUUUGAUACUUUCUAAUAAACAAAAACCCAACUUUGAUGGACUAAAUUGUAUAAAUGUUAUACAUUUUUGUAUAAACAAUAUGAAGUACAAAUAUAUUUUUAUUUAUACUAAAGCAGCGUGGUAUCAGAGUUCAGUGUUGAUAUGAAAAGCUGUAUUUUGUAGAGCAAUGUGGGUGUGUCAUUUUUUCACUCCCAUUUUUUCACCCCCUAUUAGCUGCAGCUCGAGCACAGCUGUGGUGUUGCUGUACGGAUCACAUCAGUGGAGGCAUAGAGUCUAGAAGUGAACAUUUUCUUCAGCAACACACCUCUCCUGGUGGAAUUUUCUCAGCCGUGAUAUUUUGGGGUGUUUUUGAAACAAUACUCGAUGCAGGAAGAUCUUUGUGUGUGGAAGAGGCUCAGGGCCUGAUUUCUGCACAUGCUAAUCCUACAACAUGACCAAUAAUUGGUCAUGGUAUUUGUUUUGUACCAAUCAUUGGCUGUGUUAUUAGUUUAGCAUGUGCUAAGUGCUAAAGGCCUUAGUAAACCAGUCCCUCAGUGAUUACCCUCUGUUACAGUACAUGAAGCGGAUAGCGGCUACUGCAUUAGACCUGUGUGUGUGUUUGUGUGUGUGUGUGUGUGUGUGCAAGGAUGUGUCUACAGCAUUAGACCUACACGUGCGAGUAUGUAUGUGUGCAAGGGGGUUUCUACUGUGUUAGACAUGUGUGUGUAUGUGUGUGUGUGCGCAAGGUGGUGUCUACUACAUUAGAUCUGUGUGUACGUAUGCACGAGGGGGCAUCCAAUGCAAUUCCUCAGGUGUUGCCGCCCCCAAACCCCACCCCCUGUCAAUUGUCAGCGCGCACGGUGAUGGAUUACCCUAAUCCUACCCAACCCGCUAGCGAUGCGAUGCAGGGUUUGAAACCCCGGGGAGGGCCGACAGGAGAACGUUUGUUCACGUUCCGCUUUCUCCUGGUGGGAUGCAGCGGGGCAGGGUGUGGCUGGUCCUGCCCACACCCUCGGAAUGUGCCUGGGCCUGCGAUGCACCCCCCCGGCCCUUUCGGCAGUAUCUUUUGCAUUUGGCCUUCUUCUGUAAUUGCAGCGUGAUUUCUGUGACCUUUACGCUACAGCUUUCGUGUGAGGAGAAUCUGUCCGUCUGACGCAUUCCGCGUGUCGGAGUCUGCUUGCAGGGGCGCUUGGGUUGAAGUGUCCGUGACUGAACACAUCUGAGCCGUAGAUCUCAGUUUGACCUUUAAGCAGAUAUCUGUUGCACAGGUUGUAAUUGCCCUAACAAGUCAAAUGUGCUUUCAAAUGGUUGAUUUUCCUAUAAAAAAGCCGAACAUUCUGUGUGCAGAAAUAUUCUAUAUGUAAAUACUCAAGCAGCAGCCAAUGGCUUUUUAAAGUAAUAAUAUGGCAGAAAAUGAAGACCUUGUUUCCCACAGGAUAGAGAUUAAUGUAAAAGCCCACAUUUUGAGACUGGGUCUGUCUGAUAAAACUCAUAAUGUCAUAUGUUCCUAUCCAUCUUAUAUUACAUUAACUCAGCAGUGAAAUUAAUGCGCGCUUAAAAUAAUGUGUCUCCCUCAUACAAAUGUCUCUGUACACCAGUGGUUCUCAAAAUGGAGGGUGGGGGGGGGGGGCAGAGAGAAAGCAGGGGUGGCACAGUGACGAUUGAAGGGAAAAAAAAAUUCCAUUAGAAAACAAAAUGAAAAUUGCAUUCAAGCAGAACCAAAGUUGUCAGGCGGGCGGGGGGGUUAAAAAAAAUUUCUUUUACCAAGGGGUGCGCCUGUCAGAAAAAAAGUUUGGAAACCACUGGUGUAAAUAAACCAGGUGAAAUUUCUCAGUGGUGCAGCACUACUGGAACAACGUCCAUUAUGGCCCGGCGGCUGUGUGGAUUAAUUGAACUGGACCUGUUGAGCUUUCAGUGCUGGAAUCGGCUGUUAUUUACUGUCCACGAUCCUUUCUGUUUGUGUUUUUUCUGUCUAAAGCCUGAUUUAUACAAGUGUUGUGCGACAGAAGUGAAAGUGUUGCAUGACGUUUUGCAUUUAUACUUCUGCGAAGGCCUCCGAUGGGGGUUCUGUUGUCCACCAAACACCAAACUCCUGACAGUUUGUUUGAUAGUUUUACAUUACAUUUCAGAAAAUAUGGCAGCACUCUGUGAAAUAACCAAUAACACAUAUCCAUGACAAUAAAUUUUAGUGUUCCAUCUGGCUGUCCAAUCAGCACUGCACGACAAAGCAUGAAGUUCUGCAACACAACAAAAUUCUAGAGGUGUGCGACACUUUUUUCCGUUGAAAAUACAUCAUUUUUGUCAUGCAAGGGUCUUGCAAUGAAGUAUAAAUCAGGCUUUACAGUGUAUGAGAAUAAUUGCACAAUGAAACUUAAUGAAAAGCCAUUUUCUACAAAAGCAGAGAACAUGUUUUCAUUUGCUGUUUAAUUUUCCUUUUUUUUUUUUCACUCUAUGGGGAGUGAAGGUGCUGAAGGUAGGAUAGAACACUAAAUAGUUUUAAAUGGUUCCCUGCCCUGACCUCCCCUCCCCUUCCCCAAUAUUGCUGCACUGUUGUAACAUAAAAUCAAUAGAAACUAUUUUGAAAAGCAUCCAUUGGUUAACAAUAAACACGAAAUGAAUAUCCA